AUGCAGAUGUUACUGUCCCAAGAUGCAAGGCUCAUCACAAUCAAGAGAAAUCAUAUUGAAGAUCAGUGUCUCUGCUUGUUUUUUAUUAUGCUCUACAAGAACCAAUGUCCUGACAAUACAGAAAAUGGAGAAGUGAUAUCUGAUAGAAGAGAGCAGCUGGUGACCCUAAACAAUAUCUUCCUCUUGCAAAAGCUCCAGCCUAAGGAGCUCCAUGAGGGAAGCGUACAAUGGAGUUGUGCAGAGGACUGCCUCUCUCACAUUAGAAGCAAGCUGUUAAGUGCUAGAUUCUCCCAAGAAAUUGCACAUCUCAUAGUCUUGUCCAUCCUGAAUGGGAUGGAGUUCAGCACUGAGUUGGUGGAUGGCAAGAUCAUCUAUAGAAUCAUCAAAGGAGGGAAAGCGCGUUGCAAUCUCGAUUCCAUGAGCACACAUCCAGAUUCUGACAACAUGGAGAUAGUUUCAUUCCAACGGCGUGAUGAGGCUUUAUGCCCAAUUAUCAGAAAUAUCCAUGUUACUCAUGCAAAGAAGCGCAAACUCACAGAAGACAGGAGAUUCACUAUGAAGACUGAAUUGGAUGGUCAAUUAGAAUACAUGAGGUUUACUGUCAAGACUGAAUUGGAUGGUCUAUCGGAUGUUUUCUCAUAUGAACAAAUGGAUUUGAGGCGCUCAAAGCGUCGGAAAACUCAAGUAGAGCGCUUUACUAGCUAUGAUACACCUAAUUUUGGUCGUGACAAGUAUAAGAGACGUGGUGCAUCUUCCACCAAGCAUAAGGAUUCACACCGAGGUCUGCGUGGCGAUUCACCGGUUGAAGUAGAGUCAACCUAUGAAGAGGCCCAAGUGAACAUUACGCGGAAGCAAACAAGUUCAAGCACUUCCGUGGUCAAGGAAAACCCAAGCUCCUCAAAAGGGCAGCAUAAGAGCACAACAAGGACAGCUCAUGUGAAGGAAAAACCCAGCUCAAUGGAAGUGAAGGAGGAGAGCACAGUUGAAGAAAGAUCUUCGGAUUCUCAUAUUCCACGGAAACCUACAAAGAGCAAAGAGAAGAAUCGUCGUCCCCCUUUAUCUCUUCGACGGAAGUUAUUUACUUCAUCACACAGCCUAAAUGGAAAUUCUGAGCCAGCAUUUUAUCAGAAAACAGGAAGAAAAAGAAAAGAGCGCAUGUGCGAAAGAGCAUACACGAAAAUGUUAAACCAAUGCAUAUGAAAUAUCCAAAGUGAAAUG